UUGGACAAGAAAAGCCGGCCUCACCAGCUCAUACCAAGGAGGACUUUGUCAAUUUCACCAGUCCCCCAUUGUUAAUUGUCCAUUUCCUUCCAUUUCUCUCAUAUUCUUUCAUCAUUCUCAGAGCCCUUCUGUUUUCACGCAUGGUUCAUUUUCAUGGCUCAAAAACUCUUCAACUGGGUUUUCAGUUUGAUGUUAAUAAGCUUGUUUGUGUCCUCAGGGGGCGACGACGCUGAAACCCUUCUCAAGUUCAAGAGCUCUUUGUCAAAUAACUUUGCACUCAGCAACUGGGCUAACUCCACCGUGCCAUGCGCCAACAACACUCCAAAAUGGACUGGCCUGCUCUGCUCUGAUGGGAAUGUGCUUGGACUCAGGCUCGAGAACAUGAACCUCUCCGGUCUCAUAGACAUUGACACGCUUGCUCAGCUGCCAUUGUUGCGUUCUUUAAGUUUCAUGUAUAAUAACUUCGAUGGUCCAAUGCUUAGUGUCAAGAAACUUGCUUCAUUGAGAGCCUUGUAUUUGUCUUACAACAAGUUUUCUGGCGAGGUUCCUGAAGACGCAUUUUCUGGGAUGAAUAAUCUGAAGAAGCUUCAUCUCGCAGGAAACCAGUUCAAGGGUAAAAUUCCCAUAUCAGUCGCCACGGAAAAACUGGUUGAGUUGAGCAUUGAGGACAACCAAUUUGAAGGCAAAAUUCCAAAUUUUCCAGGUACCGCGCAGCUCACUACGCUGAAUAUGGCAAAUAACAGAUUAGAGGGAAAGAUACCAGCUAGCCUUAGUAAAUUCAAUCCUUCUUCAUUUACAGGUAACAAAGGUUUAUGUGGAAAGCCUUUGAAAGCAUGCACUUCAUCAAAGAAGAAAACCAUCCUCAUAAUUGUGGUGAUAGUUGCAGCUGUAAUUCUAGUUGCACUAGCCACCAUUGUUGGAAUUUUUUACAGACGCAGCAAAAGAUCCAAAACUCCCAAUGGGCUGAACAAAAGCGAAGAGAUAGGAGCCUUUCAUGCGUACGGGUCUUCUGAUAUGGGGCAGAAGGAAAAGGAGCUCCCAUAUUCGUCAGAUCAAUUGGGUGGCGAAAAUGGGAAGCUGCACUUUGUUAGGAAUGAUCGGGAGAGAUUCGAGUUGGAAGACUUACUCAGGGCCUCUGCCGAGGUGCUGGGCAGUGGCAGCUUCGGUUCAUCAUACAAGGCUGUGCUUUUGAGUGGACCUGCCAUGGUGGUUAAGAGGUUUAGACAAAUGAGCAAUAUUGGAAAGGAAGACUUUCAUGAACACAUGAGAAAGCUUGGAAGUCUGUCACAUCCUAAUUUACUUCCCCUGGUCGCCUUCUUCUAUAGUAAACAAGAGAAGCUUCUUGUUUCUGACUUUGUUCCCAAUGGCAGCUUGGCUAGUCAUCUCCAUGGGAAACCACCUGGUCAGCCUGGGCUUGACUGGCCAAUCCGACUGAAGAUCAUCAAAGGAGUAGCAAAGGGAUUGGCUUGUCUUUACAGAGAGUUCCCUGGUGCAGCACUGCCUCAUGGUCAUCUAAAAUCUUCAAAUGUGCUGCUGGAUCAUUCUUUUGAACCUUUCUUGACUGAUUAUGCACUAGUGCCAUUGAUGAACAAAGAGCAUGCUGAAUCAUACUUGGUGGCAUACAAGUCCCCAGAGUUCAACCAAAGCGACCGCCGCAUUACAAGGAAGACUGAUGUGUGGAGCCUUGGAAUACUAAUUCUGGAGCUGCUAACUGGCAAGUUCCCUGGUAAUUACCUGAAGCAAGGAAAUGGAUGGAAUGCAGACUUGGCAGCCUGGGUGAACUCAGUUGUGAGAGAAGAGUGGACUGGGGAGGUGUUUGAUAAAGAUUUGAAAGGGACUAGAAAUGGAGAGGGUGAAAUGUUGAAGCUGUUGAAGAUUGGAAUGUGUUGCUGUGAAUGGAAUGCUGACAGAAGAUGGGAUUUGAGAAUGGCCUCUGAGAAGAUUCAGGAGUUGAAGGAGAGAGAUAGUAAUACUGAUGUUGAUGAUUCUUCUUCCUACAAUAGCGAAGAAUUUAAUGGCUACUCUUCAAGGGCACCGACUGACGAUGAUGAUUUCUCUUUUUCAGUAUAUGGUUGAUUUCCUUAGGUUUUUGCAGUUUGAUUUUAGUUUUUAUCUUUCAAAUUACAGAUUUUUUUUUUUUUUUAAUACCUUUGGUAAAGACAUUAAGUAACAGGAAGCCGGUUCAGAGAUGGUUGCUCUUUUUACUGUGUUUUCGUGGAAAGCAUGAGGCUUUAAAUGUUAUUAGGCCUUGGCCUAUUGGGUUU